AUCUUUGACAAUUGUGUCACUUUAGUGUUUUGACGUAUAAUGUGAGCAAUUGGUAGAGAUAACAGUACAUCGGGUGAUGCGUUGUUUAUAGUAUCAGGUGGUGUUGUAGUUUGGCAAUAAAUAAUACAAAAUGUGGAGUCCAACUCACGUUUUAGUUACAGUCCAUAGAGCCAGAGGAUUGCUGACUAAAGGCAGGAAUGGAACCAAUGAUGCCUUUGUUACUAUUGCACUUGGUAAGGAGAAGUAUCAGACGUCAGUCAAGGAGAAGGCAGACAAAGAUGUCGAAUGGCAUGAAGAAUGUGAACUGCCAAUACCUAAACAAGGAAAUACAGCUGAAAUUGUCUUGACAGCAUUACACCGCAACUUUAUGGGUGUAGAUGAAUUCCUAGGAGUAAUUAACAUUCCUCUGGCAGACUUUGAUGUGUAUGAAAGGCCAAGAUGCAAAUGGUAUGAGCUAAAAAGUAAGCCUGGUAAGGAGAAACAGAAGCACAGGGGAGAACUUGAAGUGAAAGUAACAUUUAUAGUGAAAGCUGGAAGCCUCACCGAUCUAAGUAAAAAAGAAAAACACAAGUCCCUUGGACAGUUGUCUCACAUGGCACAAUCUGUCGGUGGCAGUCUACUCAGUAUUGGAAGUUUGGAAAAGAGGAAGAGCUUGAAGAAAAUAGCCAAAAGUAUAGGAAAGAAAGUGGGAAAAGGCUCCAAUAGCAAGUUGAAGGAAGAGUCAUUUGAUGGAAAUCUUGGUCCCAGCCACCGAAGAAUUGGCCAGAUCGCAGGAGAAGCUGACCCUGGUGUAAUCAGUGAAGAUGAGGAUGAAUUCACUUUUGAUGACCUGUCUCACAAAAGUUCCCUGAGUUCUCUGAGUACAAGUCAGCAAACGGCAGCAACUCCACCUGCUGGAUCCCUUGAAAAUUUGGCAGGAGGAGAAUUUUUGCGAAGAACAAACAUGACUGGUACAGCUUCUGUUCCACCUAAGCCACCAAGAAGUGUUUCACAGGAUAAGACUGUUGAUGAAUGGGAACAGAAAUUAUAUGGAAAGCAGGGGAAAGAUUCAGUUAUUAAUAAUUCAGAUACACUAAAGAGAAGGUCUUGGGAUACAUCGAAGUCAUUUACUAUGAGUCAGUGUGAAGAUAAAGAAUUUGAUAACAUCACUCAUGCAAGCACACCAGCAAUUGUCCGUGCAAAUACAAUAGACACUCCAGUGGCAGCAUUAAGAAAGGUUAAUGAAGAUAUUCCAAGAAAUGUUACUGAAACCAUCACACAGGAUGAUAAAGAAAAGGAAAAAACAAAAGAAAAAGAUAUCUCAAAACUUGCAAGACGCUUUAAUAAACAUUUUCGUAAAGGUGAUCCGAAGAAUGAGGAAGCUAUACCAGAGGUGAAAACUCCUACUGCAGAAGAGCGAAUAAUUAUAGGUGGUGAAAAUGAUGAUAAAAAAGUCCGUACUUGUGGGAAUAAAACACCAGAUUCUGUUAUCCAAAAAUAUGAAAAUAAUACCAAAGAAGAAUUGAUUUCAAUAAUAUAUAACCUUCAGCUCACUGUUGAAGACCAAAACAAGAAAGUGAAAGAUCUUGAAGACUAUCUGGAUAAUUUACUGCUGCGAGUAAUGGAAACAACUCCUCGUAUCCUCCAGAAUCCGUAUGUGAGUGUCAAAACAGAAAUAGACUCUAGGAACAUGGUUUCUGUGAGAGAGCAAAGUAUUUAUUAAGAAACUACUGAGAAUCCAGAAAUACACUUACAUUAGUGUCAGUUUCUUAAACAUGAUGAUAGCUGCCAGCAUCUGGUGAAGAAAAUCUUAGCUUCUAGUAUUUUAAUGAUUUAAAUCUGUGAUUUUAAUGUAUUGGUACAGUGAAAAGUUCUUCCUGUUACUUUAUGCUAACAUGUUUAUUGUUGUUAUUUUUGCUACUAUUGUUAUUUCUGUUGUUUUGUUAUUGUUUUUGUUAUUGUUACUGCUAUUCUUCCUUUGUUACCAUUCUUAUAUAUUUUUUGUGAUUCAUUCACUCUCUCUUCCUGGAAAAUGUGUGUUUAUAAAUCUUCCAAACUGGCAUUAUUAAUAGAUAUUUCAUGCCUCUUUAUGUCUUAGGUUGCAUGACAUGAAUAUGUGUUAAAAACAGUCAUUAAUCUGAUUUAUUUUGUAACAAAAAUAGCACAGAAAAUUAUUUUACUGUAAUUUGUUAUUCAGUUCUUUUCAUGAAUUUUCCACCGGCAUAGUUUUCGCGAUAUAUUAUUUCAUUUACUUUGUAAAUAGAAAUGUUUUUCUCAGAGUGACGCAAAAAGAAAUUGAAUUCUUAAGAUUUGAGCCUCUUUGUUGUAUUACUAGGUGUCUGUUAUGUAAUGGACCGAAGUUUAUGUUGACAAUAAAUAAUCACAUAGAUACUGUUUCCUUUUGCCCAGGAAGGAAUGCAAAUAUUUCUCGGGACACACGUAAUAGGUUUGCUCAGUUUUUAUUCCAAAAAUUAUUACAUAAUAAUCUUAAAGUUUGUGUAUCCCAGACUGAUUAAUUGUCAGCUGCAAUUAUUAGCAAUGUCACUCAUAAUGGAAGAUUUCUUGUUUGUUCUAUGCUUUUUAAAAGAUAAGGGUUACAAAAAUCUGUCCAUACUCAAUGUGAUGUUUGUAGAAAAAUUGUCUGUCAGUUUUAGACAGUAACCACAAGCUGUAAAUAUUUGCUACUUUUUAGUGGUUCAUAUAAGCCUGUGUUUUAAGAUGCUGUGUGAGAAAGCUUUUGAAUUGAAUGGUGGUAAGAAAUGUUUUUUCAGGCUUAUUAUGCCCUUCCAUAUAUAGCUUAUAUUUUUGCUAGAAAUGUAUUAGAUUGAUAAGCAAUGCUCCUGCCAAUAAGACUGAACAUCAGAACUGGGAUUAUAAUUAAAUGAGAGAAAAAUGUAACAGUAGUGCAUAACUAUACAGGUCAUCUGUAUACUUACUUGGUGGUAUAUCAUAUGGGCAUACACACUAUACGGAAUAGAAUCGUUUCCAUUAGCCAAGAAUGCAGCACAGCUAACACUGGAAAUUAUUAAUGUGCGAGUGCGAGUGCGAGAGCGAGAGCGAGAGAGAGAGAGAGAGAGAGAGAGAGAGAGAGAGAGAGAGAUAGCGAUAGCUUAUUUGGUAAUGUAGCUUUAAUUUCCAAAACAAAGGUGAAUUUUAAGACUUUAGAUAGACUUCACUGCCUUUAAGUUUAUCAGUAAUAGGGCUUCAUUUGGUGUCGCCAUUUUUCGUUAUUCACUUCUGGGAAAUUUUCUAAAUAUCUCUCUCUCUCUCUCUCUCUCUCUCUCUCUCUCUCUCUCUCUCUCUCUCUCAGGAAAAAUAUUACCUACAGGGAGACCAUCAACACUGUUUGCCACUUUGAUGAUGGUAUUGGUACUUACAUAUUAGUAUUCCUGGUACCAGAACAAAAUUUUAGAACUUCUGGCAUAAGCCAAUAAAUAAGAUACAGGUCUACAUAAAUCAGAAAAUUAAGAAUACUGAGGUAAACAAUAGUUACAAUUCCCACUAUAAUCUCCCUGUACAUUGAGGUGUAUACCUGUUCAUCCAGUAACCUUUUAGACUACCAGAGUAAGAAAUAUACAGGUAUGAACAAAUGAAAGUAGUUUAGAGUUAGAUCAUACUGCCUUAGAAGAUUCUUGGGGAGUUAAAACUUGAAAUUUUGCAGCAGCUUGCUUGACUUAUUGGUGGUGGUGUGACACACCAGCAUGCCCUAGCGUGGAGCAUUUGACAGUUUCGUUAAAUGUCUUUUCAAAGCUUCCUGAUGAUGUUACAUUUACAGUUUCAUCUUGAUGCUGGAAACUGGUGAGUAAAUGCUGUUAUAAUCCUGAACACUGCAUAUAAUUUUCUUAACAGAUGUCUCCUUAUAUUUAUUCACAACCAGAACAAGAUGUUUUUAUUACAUUGUGGACACUGUCCUAUGCUGGUAAUAGUGAAUCAAGGGCUUAUUGUCAUCUAUUUUAAUCAUCAUAGUGAUUGGGAUACUGUAAUACCAUUCUUUUGCUUCUGUGUGCUUAGUUCAAUGCUAUCAACCAGUCUUGUGUUAUAAGGUGUGCAAUGCCAUAUGAAUAACUGAUGGAGCUGAUGCAUUGUCUGUACACUUCUGUUUGUUUGGAUUAAUUCUUCAGUCUGUUACCUCUCUUAAUCUCUACUUGUCAUCCAGUGUGAUGUUCUUUUUUAUAAGUGUGUACCAAAAAACUGCUACACGCAUUGUAAACAGUGCUACAUGACAGGCAACCUUCACCUCACAUAGGAAGCUCCUCUUUAUGGAUAUUCUGUGAUUACGUAUUCUUUACCAGCAAGAAAUGCAUAAAAGAAUGCUGCUUAAGAAUUGUACACUUUCUCAGAGGAACUGUACAUUUUUAAACUGCUAUUAUGCUUUCCUAAACACUCUUUUUGUGUCAAAUAUCACUUGGCACUGUUCUAGUUAAUAUAUCCAUAUCCUGUGGUGCCUAAUUCAGACAUUCAGCACCCCAUGUCAAUUUGUUACUUACUUAAUGACUUACUCCUGUAUUCAAAAAAUAUAUGAACACAGAUAGAACAUUAGCAUUUACUUCAUAUUGGUAGUUCAUGCUUAUGGCAUUAAAGAUGAAUGAAUAUGCAUGUAUGAUACACUUAGUGAUUGAAAUAUGUGAAUGGCAAACAACCCAAUUCUGGAACCCAAUUCUAGGCCAUGUAUAGUGUUAGUGUUUUGUUGCCUUUGUUCAUUAGUAGACAUCUAGCUAAUGUAACUUUUAAUCGACUUCUUAGAUCCUGAAUGUCUCAAAAUGGGGUAUGGGAUAGUGCCAGUGUGGUACUGUUAGCUUGUAUGUGGUUGAUGAGACAUAAAAUAACAUGUGUAUUGUAAACUCCUUCAUGGUUCUGAUAAUCUCAGAACUGCUUGUAAGAUGCAGAUUUUAAAUCUACUCUCCACAAAGAUGGUAGCUUAAGGAGAUGCAUGUCUUACCUGCAAUCCACACAAUUUGUAGAAUGAUUUUAGUCAGUGGAUGGCAUUCAGCUGGGAGGUGGAUGAGAUGACUGGCCUGGAUGAGAUGACUGGCCUGGAUGAGAUGACUGGCCUGUAUGAAAAUGUUGAAAGAAAAGAACUGAAUUAACAACUUUGGGGGAGGGAGGGGAAGGUCAGGAAUCUAAAAAGAAAUAGGGCAAAAAAUAAAAAAAAGCAGAAGCAAAAACAGAAAAGAGAGAGAGAUACAUAAUGAGUUGAUACGCAAGUAAUCAUAUGGAACAAAUAAAAAAAAAAAAAAUGAAACGAUGUUAAAUAUAUGGUGACCACUAUUCACAAAAUGUCCAACUGCUGGAACUGAUAAUCCUUUUGCAGAAUGCUGAAGGGGACAAAGAGUUGUAGAAAAAUGUGGCAGUGUGAUAUUGUUUUGUUCUAAUUUUAAUUCAUUUUUGGGUCUUUUUUAUCAGUAUCUUCAUGUCCUGUCACCUGUACUGUUUUGCCUUUGCCAUUCUUUUAUUCUCACCCCACCCCCUCCCCAGAUUCUUUCUUAAGUUUCUGACUGAAGACUGUUAGAAACAUGAUUUGAUAGGGUUUCUGUGGCUGUUAUGCUUGCAUCAACUUUUCUUUAUUAGCAUGACUUUUUAUCUGUUGGAGGGUUAGCAGAGGAGGGUGAAAUAGAUAAACCCAAAGUAAAUAAUUUAGGAAUAAAGGAGACAACUCACCAAAUAUAGCAGAAGUGUUAAGUCAACAACAGGCACACAAAAAAGAUGGAAAAACUUGGGUAUGAGUGCUGAUAGAGAUUUUUUACAAAGACAAAAUGAGGUGAAGUAAAGAUAAUAGUGUUAAUAAAAUAAUACAGUACAGAUUUUAAUGUGAUUGGUAGAUUUUUAAAAGGUACACUACAAAGGGCCUUAGUGCGACAUAUGAGCAGCAUCUUCAUUUGUCGCACUAAGGCCCUUUGUAGUGUACCUUUAAAAAUCUUCCAAUCGCAAUAAAAUAUGUUAGAUAAAAGUUUUAUGUUGAGUGUACAGCUGAAAACAAAUCUACAUUUCAAAUAAACUGCUUAUAUUGUGUCCUCCCCUAUGCCACAAUGAUUUGGCAAAAGGUGGCACUCUUGAUGAUUCAGAUCUCAGUUUUGAAACAUGAAUUAAACUAUCAACUAUGGAAGUGGAUAAGUCUGUGAUAUAGGAUCAGAACCAAAGAUAUCUAAAUAUAAUUUGUCAUAAAAUAAAAAGCAUGCUAAGAAAGCACUCUAGACAGCUUUAAUAUAUAUUUUACAGUAACAUAAAUGUAAUACAGCCCAUUUAAAUAUCAUUGUCUCAAAGUUAUCACACCUAUUUUCUUCAUCUUCUGUCCAGUUAUAGCCUCCUCACAUCAUUUGGUGUCUCUCUUUGCUUGUUUUACAGAUUUACUUAUACAGUUUGUUGAUACUAUGUUCAACUGUAGUUCUCUCAUUUUGCGUCAGUUAUCUAUUAAAAUAUCUCUUCAUUUUCUUAUACGCUGUAUUUUGACAAUUAUUUGUAUGCUGGACUUGGGGCAUAUGAAGUUUUUGGCACAAGUGACUGAGUUGUCUUAUGUUAUUUCCUAAUAGAACCUAAUUUCAUCUUUUGUCGUUUGCUCAAACAAAUAUGUAUUUUUGUGCGGAACAAGCUGCUGCAUUUAUAUUCAUUACAGAUGAUUGUGAUGGAGAUCACUUAUGUAGGAAAUUCAAUAUCGCCAGCAGCAGCAACACAUGGGACAUUCCCAUCCACAUCCUCCUUUUCUUGUAUACAGAAAUUAUUGCAGAAUACACUGGCUAGUUCAUGAAUUACCUUCUGUGAUAUGUAAAAAAGUGUUAAAUGGAAAAACAUAUUUUGCUAUUGAUUGAUGUUAGAUCCCUUUUUUUCCCUGACACAUUACAUAGCAUCCUCAUCCUUUUAGGACUCAUAUGAUUAACUUUAUAGGAUGAUUCAUUUGCCCACAACCUUAUUCUUUGGAAAUAUUAAUACCCUUCACAACAACUGUGAUUAUCUGCAAAACAUAUGUAUGAUACAAAGGUCAGAUUAUCCAAGAGGAUAAAUGAGUUGAGAUAGUCGGGACUGAUGACCUUUGCAGUCUGGUCCUUUCAACCCCACAAACCAACCAACCAGUUGGGAUAGUCCUAGGAAUAUGAAGUAUAUCAGUAGUGUGUGUGACCAGUUGUGGUGGAAGUUUUGUAGAACUCAGAUAAUACAGAGGAUAUGAUUGGGGGCUUUGAAUCAGGUCCUACUCUCUGGAUGGAAAUAUGGAUGCAGUUGCAAUCUCUGUGUGUGUCUCUGAGCAAAAGGAAGAUAAAUUAUUGAUGUGAACAAUGAAGUUCAAUUGCCACUUUGACUAGCAUUAAAUGAUUUAUACCAGACGAAACAAACUGACGAUAUACAGUUAUGACUUAUCCAAUUAUAGAUGUCUGAAGGCUAGAUGAUAAUGACUGGCAGCUUCCAGUUUAUAUUUAGGGUAAGGUAAUAAAACUAGAUUCUGUUAGAUGUGCAGUGAGCUGUAGAGAAUAUAAAUGAAAUAGCACUGAAAAAUAUAUUUAUAUAGAGAGAAGCACUAUUUAAAAAAUAUAUAUAUUAAGGAAUAACAUAACUACUGUGGUGUCACUGAAUAAUAUUCUGGUUGAGUUAUGAACGUGUGGGUGUUUUCUGUUUUGUUUUCGAUUAACCAAUGAAAGUAUACUCCAGUGUAGAAAAAAAGUGUUGAAAUCGACCUGGAGAUUUGUAGUGUUAAAAAAAGUUAUUAGCUACUGAUUAUUAUCUGAGUCACUACAUUAGCAGAGAUUUCUUUACUCAUAUAACCCCUCCCUCCCUCCCAUCACAGAUAAAGGAGCAAUGUGUGGUUGUAUAUAUUAAAAUAAAGGUAUAUAUUUUUUAAAUGUUAGAAUAUCAGUAUAUAAGUGCUUUGUGUAUUGUCCCAAGUACUGUAGUCAUUUAUACUUGGUGUUCUUCUUAAAAACAUCCUUAUCUGUUAAUGACCUUGUGGUGGAUAGGAUGUUUGUAAUCUUUUCUUCAGAAAGAUGCUUUUUUUCAUAAACGGUAGCCAUACUGUCUCACUCAGUAUUAUUUGAUAGCUGCUAUUUAUUAGUUAGAAUUACACUGUGAACAAUAAUGGUAUCAGCAAUUACAUUUGUUUUGUCUACUUAUUGUUAUAUAAUGCAUUUUGGAUACUGAGCCAUGGAGAAUUUUUGCCCUUUUAAUUCUCUUGUCUCACUGGGCAGUUCAGGUUGCAGAACAAUUAACAAUUGCCUUUAUUUGAAAAUGUGUUCUUAUCAUUCUAAUUUUCUUACUUACGCCCAUAUAGUAAAGAGGAAACAGCUUCUGCUGCUUAUGUUGAGGUAUACUGAAAUAUGUUGCUUGCCUCUCACUGUAAAUAUAUGUGAAAAUAUAUAAACUUAAACUGUUACGUCAAAGUUUUGGAAGACCAAAACAAUAUAUUCAGUCUCAAAACUUAAUUUUAGAAUUUACACAUUGCAUUGAAGAAGCCUGAAUGAAUGGCUUACAAACCACAUUGAAAGGCUCUCCAGUUUAUAUGACAUCCUAAAUUUUCUCUUAAUGAUUAUGUCUGCAUUCUUGGAUAUGGAAUGCAUUUAUUAAUGUAUGUCAGCUUAAAAACUUAUUGAUAGAGUUGCAACAAUUCUUUGUUUACUAUCAAACACAUUUUUAGAAUAGUAGAAAUUAAAUCAGUAUCUGUUAAAGACAAAUGUUCCAAUGUCAUUUGUAGGGCAAAAGGAAUAUAAAAAGCUGACUACUGAUUGUAUCAUUGUUUACAGUCUAUCUCAGUAUUAUUUCUGCUUUAGCAAAAUACUUUAAUUUAUUUGUUAGAGAUUUUCAUGUUUCACAAUCAUACCUAUUGUAAACAGCAUAUUAAACUAUUUAUAAAGGAUACAAAAAAUAGUCUAAUAAAUCAGUGCAUUGAGACCCACUUUAAUGAGCAAGUUGCAUUUUACGAUGAUUGUCUAAUCAGAUUGUGCCUGUAAAUCGCAAAGUACUCGUUCUCACCGAAGAUUCUCUACAGAAUAAUGUUGGUGAAUUAAUGUGUCAUAAACAUUAUUCAGGGAAUGCCUUAUAACUGGCUUCAAAGUAUGCCAGGAGUAAAACCCUUUUAAAUAACUGUAAUUUAGCUCAUUAUAUAUGUCCGCUUGUGAAGUUUUAUAAUAAAUUUGCAUUGUUUUCUAUACUAUUAAAUUUUGGUAAGGAUAAAUGUUACAAAAAGAAACAGUAUAAAGAUAAAAGAGGAAGUCAUUAAGGUGGGCAUCAAAAGAUGUGACUUAAUGGUUCUCCAUUUUCGGUUUUGGUACAGUAAGAAAUUCCUGAUUGAUUAUUCUUGGCUUAUCGGCUGAGUAACAGUAUUGACUUAAGCAGUUUUCAACAAAUUUCCUGCUCAUUGGGUGUUUAGACACCUUCUUCAUCUGAAGAUGAUGAGCAAGAAACUUGUCAAAAAGUUGCCUCAAGAAGACACUGUUUCUUGGACAAUAACCAUAGAAGAUUUCAUCCGUGGAGUUUGCUGGGAACGCCUUCAUUCUCAUUAAUAAACUCCUGCUUUAGAUGUCUCUCUAUUUUGUUAAGUAUGUCACAGCUUCUCCCAGUGAUUUAGAUGGUUUUUAUCUGCCAGUACUAGGUUUUAGAGACUGUGAAAAUGAUUUUUUUUAAAUAGCUGCAAUCAUUUUGUGAAAACUGAAUACACGUGCAAAUGUAUUAAUAUCCAUAUUUUUAAUGAACUGAGAUGUGAAAAGGAACAGUAGAACUGUGAGUGUCUUUUUCCGCGUGCUUCCCUUUGCCACAUACUAGUUUAUCACAUACAAAACCUUGGUUUUUAACGAAGUAUGAACUUCUUUAUAGCAUUUGACUCAACACUUUCUUAAUGUUGUUUCUAGACAGUUUUUGCAAACCGUGUUAACGGGAGGAAAGUUGCAAGAAAAACUAGUUUUCAGUUGUAUUGUGAGGAAGUAUAGUAGCCCUCCAGGAACAUGAAGCACAUUUAUCACAGUUCUAGUUCUUUUGACCAAUCAGUCUGGUGUGUGAUUUCAGUGGCUAGAUAAACCUCAUGGAAUUGUGUCCCAUUUUGUAGUAAAAGAAUGUUAUAUUAUCUUGAUAGCACAUUCAGUGCCAUAAGAAGAGUUUGAGACAGUUGGGUUCCAAUUUACAUACCUUUUGCUUCCAUUUCUGUUUUCUUUUCUCUUAAUGUACAAUGUUGGAGAUAGUGUGCACAGUUUUCAAGACUCACAUGAUGACACAAGUUUAGAACAAGAUAAAUGUUUGUGACAUGAACAAGGAGUUGGACAAAAAUUAAAGCAUGAGGCAACUAACUCAUUAUAUCAGCUUCUUGCCAUAUGAUAUUUAACCAUAACUGUGGCAUUAAUAGUGCCUUACAAUGUUGAAUUGCUCUGCUGACUAUU